AUGUGUGAAGUGCGAGGAAAAAUAUUUUUGGUAACCGGCUCGGCUGGUGGUAUCGGCGCAGGCGUCGUUCGCGCUCUAGCUGAGAGAGGAGCAAAGCAUAUAGCAAUCUUGGAUGUGAACGUACGAGAUGGAAAAUCUUUAGAAAAGGAAAUAAAUGACAAGCAUGGAGCGAAGACGGCGAAGUUUCAUAAAUGUGACGUAACGACAACGGAAUUGGAUGAUGCCUACGAUGACACUAUUAAGCAAUUCGGUUAUAUUGAUGUCGUAGUCAAUAAUGCUGGUAUAAUGAAUGACGGACCGGACAUUUAUUUAAAAGCAUUAAACGUUAAUGUGAACGCACUUAUCAAAAGCUCUCUUAAAGCGUAUCACUUGAUGAGCAAAGAGAACGGUGGACGAGGAGGCACCAUCAUCAAUGUAUCAUCCAUAGUUGCGCUGAUGCAGUCUUUCCUCCUUCCGAUAUACAGUGCAUCUAAAUCAGCAGUGUUGCAGUUCAGUAACUGUCUGGGUGCUGAACAGAACUAUGCCAGAACGGGGGUUCGAGUUGUCGCCGUGUGCUAUGGAACUACAGACACAAAUCUAAUAAAUGGAACCAUCGGAGCCGUAGACAAAACAAUGGAAGCCAUUCUUCCAGCAGCGUUAGAUAAAAUGCCAAAACAGGGAGUUGACGAUGCUGUUAAAGGAUUUUUGGAAGCAUUCGAAAAGUGUCGCAGUGGUGAUACAUGGUUGAUAUCAUCAAGGAGACCAGCAGAAGACAUCACACAGACAGUGAAAGAGAGUUAUGCAUCUUUAUCUAAGGGUGUUUUCUCAUAA